ACGCUAAAAUAGAUACAUUGAAAUGUCGCGGUGGCAUAGGAUUUGAGAAACACGGGGAUUUUUUUACUACGCAGUGCCUAAAUUGCAGCAAGUUUAUACCUUGGGAAUUUUUACUUUAGGCAUUUCAUUUGAGGUUUUCCAGGACACCUUUCCAUCAUGACGGAGGUGCAAUCUGGACCUGCUGAUGGUAGCAACAGUUCCACAGCAUCGUCCCCAAUUCCUAGUGCCCCCAACGCCCCUAAGUAUGGGACCAUGAUCCCAAACAGGAUAUUUGUGGGAGGCAUAUCGUUUAACACAUGUGAAGCUGAACUAAAGAACUUCUUCUCACACUAUGGAAGAGUUAAAGAAACCAAAAUAAUUGCAGACAGGGCUGGUGUUUCAAAAGGGUAUGCCUUCAUCACAUUUGAAUCCCAGGAAGAGGCUGUUAGGAUUCUUAAAGAGCAGGCAAAUAAUCUUGUCUUCAAAGAUAAAAAGCUCAAUAUUGGUCAAGCCAUUCGCAAACAGCCUAUGAACCUUCCCAAGAAUGUAGAUCCUGCGCUAAUACCCAGCGGGAUGGUUCUAACUUCUCCAUUAGGGUACAGCUAUACCUAUCAUAAUGGGGUGGCUUAUUUCAACCCUGCUGAGGUGCAGGGGCCCCCUACCCAUGGACAUCACCCCCCUGCUACUGCUGUCAUUCCGCAUCACCACACCCAGCACCAUCCAGUUAAUCCGUCGAUGGCAUACCCUCAGUACACUGUGCCAGUGAUGGUACAAGCUCCGCCCACCUCCCACUCCCAUCAUCAGUACCUUCCUGUUACCUCCCAACCCCAGCAGGGCCAGUACUACCAGCAACCUAUCAAUACUACUCCUCAGUGGACCACAAUUCCAGGCCAAUGGAGAUGGGUCCAUCCUCAGCAGGCAGCUAGUGGGUUGACAAGUGGCAUGGUGUCACCUCUCUAUGCUACAACCCCGGGCACUGACAUGGCCAUGUACCCAGCUCCUACCCCAGCCUAUGCCCAGACACCUGCAGAUGUGCCUGAGAUGCCACUCAUGGAGCCCUCACAAAACGAGGGUGCCAUAAUAUCCAUGGACUCCCUCCAGCCACAGCAGCAACAGCAGCAGAUGCCUAGCCAUCAUCAUACACACCCACCACCGCCUCCUCCACUACCCCUAGUGGCCGCCCACCUGCCACCACCCAGGCCUUACCUACCGCCUGAGAUGGCCUACCCAGAACCCAGUAGUGCCAUGCCUCACCUCCUGCCUAAGAUGCCUAUCCACCAGAACAGGUUUGCACCCAAGCGUACCAUCAAGAUGCCGCGGAGGGACCGAGCACCUAAGAUGGUGCGCAGCACAGUGGAUGGCUUGCAUUACACCUUAGCCCAGAUGGACGAUCACCCACCAACAGGGGUUAUGGCAAUCAACGGUUAUCCAACCACCAUAGCACCAGCAAAAUGAUAUCCUUGUUGACAUGGUUAAAUUAUCUCAUACUACAUCUGACAAAACAAGUAGAGAUACACUGACAAACACCAUGGAUGUUAACUUGCACAUGAUGUUGUGAACGUAAGUGCUAAUUUCUCCUUUUGAUGAUUGAAUGAGAUAAUUUGAGCAGGUUUCACUGAGUGUGUGGUUUGGCGUGCAUAGGUAAGGCUUAUGUCUGUUUUCAUACUCUUGAGGAAGAUAAAAACAUCCCAAAAUAUGACUACUAGUUUUUGAGUGGUUAGUAUUCUGGGGUGUUUUCUAUUGUGAUAUAAAUAAUGGUAGUUUGGAGAACCACAAUAGUUUAGAUUGUUAGACAGUAGAGUUUCCAUUUUUGUACAGGUUAUUUUUUCUAAUGAGGUUGGGGUUAAUGAUUCAGGGACAGUAGAGUUUCUUGUGGAGUCUUGUUUAUUGUUGAAGAAGCACUUGGGAGCAAUUGCGGUGGCUGGUGUAAAAAUUGCUGUUUGCUUUGCCUUGAAGGAAGAAAAGUUCAGAGGAAAGCUUUGGUUAUCCUGGAAAAAUGCUCAGGAAAAGGGAAAAAUAACAUAAAUAUUAAAAAAACAAGAUUUCAAAAAAAAUCUUUAAAAAAUCCAAAAUCUCUAAAAAUCAUGAAAUUUAGGGAAAGGGAAAGGGUAAUGUCAGAAGAGGAGAAAAGAUCUUAAAACUUCUUUAUUGCCAGGAUAGAAAGAUAAAAAAUAACAGCUCUUCAGACAUGAAGAUAUUAAGAGGCCUCUGUUUUGUUUUUUUCUUUGCUUUUUGAGACCUUUUUUAAGUAAAUUUAAUACUAUAGGCAGGAUGGGUUUAAAUAUCAAGGAGAAUAUGGAAUGAAGCUAUUAAAAUAAGCAUGGAUAAAACGAUGAGAUAUUUAUGAUGUAAACAAAUAUUAAAUUAUUGAUUAUGUUUUUCUUUUGGUGUGUCAGGAUAAAAGGCAACUAAACAUCAUUGUCGUAGGACAUGUUUAUGACCUUAUAAACGAGUGAAACAAAAUCCAAGAAGUGCUGGUGUGUACGAAAGGAAAAUCCUAGAGAUACUUGCUGAAAUUUGUGCUCUGACUAGGAAAGAAUUUAUUUGAAUUUCUUAAGAACACCUUGGUGUUGUCCUACAUCACAUGCAUUUAAGGGGUGUUAUCCUACACCACAUUUAAAGCAUUGUCCUCUUAACAUCAGAGUGUCAUAGAAAAGAUUCUUUCAGACUUUUUCAGGAAUAGUUUCAGGCAAAUGUAAAACAAGCAAUUUUGUGGUGUUAUUGCAGCUAAAAGGAGCUCAGCAGUGCAGGUAUUCAUUUGAAAACAGUGUCGACCCAUUUACUUGAUAUCGCAAAGUGUCUUCCAGUGAACCAGAGUUUUUUCCCUUUUUUGCAGCUCAAAAGGUGUAUAUAAUUAAUCAUGAUCUUAAGACACAACGGGUAGGUCAGAUGGAAUACUAUUAUGAUGUGUAAUUUUAGUGCCUGACUAAUAUGUUAACUUGCUGUGCUCGCGUGUGUAUUUAGCGUUAGAUUUCAAGAAAAGGGCUUUCAAGAGAGAAGUUAAGUUGGUUUUGCAGGCUGUGCAACAGGGUACAUUACUCAGUGGAAGAGAUGCAGUAUGUUGAGCAUGAUCACCAGGUACAAUGCAUGGUUUAUCACUCAGCAGGCAACUUUUCGUUAGUUUUCUGAACCUCUAAAGGCAAGAUUCUUUGACAGGCUAUUCCUAAUGCAAGUGCAUCUUGAUACUUCUCUUUGGAUUUUGAAGGAUUUGGUGUUGCUUGUAUGUACGGUUUUAGUGUAGCCGUCAGUCUUUUGCUUUCAACCUAUGCUAUUCUAUGCAACAGGUAUUGAGCGAUCAGAGCAUUCACUCUGUGUCUUUCUUCAGGGAUCUGUACGUCAAACGCAGCAAAAGUCAUCAGACCUAUGCAUUCUCUGUGGUGCUUUGCUUGCGUGACAUUUAAAGUUUACAUUUAAUACUUGUAACCCUUCGAUCUCAAAUAUAUCGUGCACUAAAGAUAACUUUAGGAUAUCAUGUAGACGGCAGUUUUCAAAGUGAUUCUGAAAUGAUAUUGGACAGAAAACCAAAGUAAUACCACGUCUUGUCAAUUUCAGACUGACCGUGAAAAAGUCUGUGAAAAACAAAGCUAGGGAAAGGGGUACUCAUAAUCAUCCCAUGAAAGUCUGCAUAUUUUUGGAAAUCGUCUCAGUGUAACUUAUCAGCAUGAACGUUUCGGGAAUGUGUUGACUCUUUUCGUUUAUCAGUGAAUAAUUUUAUUGCAACUCAAUCCGCAAAAGAUUGUAAAAUUUUUCAUGUAGCAGAAUGGUUUUGAAUUGGUUCUUCCAGAUGGUUGGAUGCCAAAGAUUUUUUUUGAGAAUAAACAGUGGAAAUAUUUAUUCUUUUCCUUUAAAGGGAGAUUGUUUUCUGUUAGAGAAAUUUAUAAGAAUUACUUUAAAAUAGAAUUGAUGGGUCAUCGUUUGCUGUCGUGAUAAAUUAAAGAAAAACGCACAGACUUUAAUUUUAAGGUGAAUUGAUUACAGUCAAGUUUAUUACAGCAAAACAAGAUAAGAUUAUACUAAUGGUUUCCUGUAAACAUACCAACCAUCAUGACAUCUUUAGUUUUUAUUAACGUUGUUCUAACUUCGAGAACACGUUGUUCUAACUUCGAGCAUUGGUGAAUUAUGCAGCGAAUUUAGUUUACGCAGAGUCCUGUCUAUCGACAAGCCAAGUAACACUGUCAGAUUGUUGAUUUUUGACAGGUUAUUAUCUAGUGGUUUAUUAUUAACAAUUUUUUUUGGGGGGGGGGCCAAAGGUUGCACAUCCUGUUCAAGCGACAUAGCCUGGAUACGCCACUGAGUGGAACAAAAAUUCUUUCUUAGAGAUUGUUAUAAAAUCAUGUCAUUCAGGGUUUCAAGUCACAACAGAUAUGACUAAGGAAUGCAACUCCAGGUAUUGAUUUUAAUUUGCAAAACUAAAAUUGAAGCAAUUUUUGACGAGUGAUGUGAACCUUUUCCCUAAAUUUGUAAGGGCAAAUCACUGUCAAGACCCUGUAUUUCAAAUCAAACACAAACAGAUUUGUUUUCUUUUCUCAUUUUGGGGGGCAGAGGGUAAAUCACAUAAUCUUCUUUUUAACAUGUUUGCCUUUCUGUGCUGAUUUCCUAACAAUGGACUCCAAUUCGGAAAGUACCGGUAUAAAAUUAUUUUUAAAUGCUUGGAAAUACUUAUUUCAAAAAAGUUUGUUCUGUUCCCCCGUAGUUACUUUGUAUUUGGGUGAUUUAGGGUCCGGCAAGUGGAUCAGAGCGCUAGUUGUAUAUCAGAACCGGGUUUUUUUUGGGGGGGGGGGAGUGGGAAAAGAAACUUUUGGGAAUUUUGCAUGUAACCAUUUAUAUCCUCGACGGAUUAGGCAACAUUUUGCUGCCUUUUCACGUUUUAAGAAGGAAUGGAAAUGAAAUCUACCCCCAAAAUCGCCUUUCAUUAUUUGAUACCAAGAAUUGCGCCCUUUUGGGAAGCGGGCAGCAUGGCCUCCAUUAGCCUCCUCCCAUUGGAUCCGCUCAUAUGCAUACAGUUUAUGGGCAGCUGUUCUGUAGUCACGGAUAUCUUCGAAAAUGUUUGGGAGAUGAAAUGAAAUAUUCACUUGUUUCAAUAACUUUCUGCAUAAAGAAUUGUUGGGUAGGAAUUUCUCUUGGGAGUUUUGAUUCACGACGACCAUACACUUCGUGAUUUUUAAUACACAACAUAACUAACCAGGAAUGUCCAUAAUCAAGUUCAUUUUUAAAAGACUACUGGCCUUGUAUAUUUAUAAUUUUUUGUGCCAUUUUGUUUGUUUUUAAACACAUUACUUCGAGAGUAUUUUGUCAAGCCAAAGUAUACUUCUGAAUAAAAAGAGAUAUAUAGGAAGUAAUGUCUUUCGUGUCGACCGAAACAAAAUUGAAAACAUACUCGGAAAUUUCAAGAGAAAGAAAUUGAGAAGUGGAAAAGAAAUUUGAGAAAGUGUGUUUUAAUGAGACAAAGCUUUUGAAUAUUGAAGUUAAAGAAGAAAGGAUCGCAGCAAAAUGAAACUUGGUGUGAUGUGUAACCAGUUCUUUGAUUGUUCAUGUAUCGCAUUAUUUGUAAACUAUUGUAAGAAAUGUUCCGUCCGUGUUUAUUUCCAGAAAAAAAGUGUUCUUACUGUAAGUUGUAAUUAAACAAAACUUAAACAGGUAAUUGCCAAGAUUUUGCUAUAUUAUGAUGUUCGAAUGGGACGGUCCCUUCUUGCAGUCAACCUGAACUUCCUCAAACUGUUUGAUCGAUUCACCUUGAUUGUACGUUGCCGUAAUGCCCUGGAUUAAACACAGGUCCAGACGUAAGCCCGAGACCGGCUUUAAUAUUGCUACACUCUGAGCCAUGUUAUCAUAGAGAGGUAGAUAUCGACAAAUUCAAGACAUUGUUGUCCCUAUAUUGACAUGGCAGCCGCUUAUUUUGAAUAUCAUCAUAUAGUGAUUUUCACUGUACAUAAUGUGAUUGAUAGUGAUUUAAACAACGUGUCGAUGUAUGUAUUGAAAACACUGCGACUCGAAUGUUGUUGAAAUGAUGUGCAAUGAGCAGUGAUCAAUAGCUCGCGUCAGUUGUGGCCUUGCUGUGGAGAUGUUAAAUGGGCAUGCAGUUCAGUCUAGUAUGGAGAAUAACGCUCACAGCAAGGCUAACUGGCCUGAGUAUAUGUGCCUUGAUUUUCAGCAAAACCAUAGUUCCGACAUAAUACAUCUAUGUAUAUAUUGUGUGUGUGAUUAAUGUGAAAUUAAGCGUAUGAUUUAUUGUUUUAUACUUAUAAUUACAGAAAACAAUCAACUAUAAAUCAUAGAGUAUAUUAAAGAGGUUUUCAUCGGUUAAACAGAGAACUUGAAAAUGGUAUUCACUGCAAAAUUACUCGCCCCAUUAUAACGAUAGAAGAAUUGGAAAUAGGAAAACGUAUUGCAGAUACAACUCCGGUAUUUUAAUGUAUAUGUAGAGUUAUUUCAUCUUGUUAGUUGAAUAUGAAAAGAACUUAGUGUAGCAUUGUAUAUUUGGACAAAAGAAAAAUAGUUUUUAAAGUAAAUUACCUGUAGCUUUGUGAGGAAAAAUAAGAGGUUUUGGUUUUUGUUUUCUUUUUAGCGUAUCGAUAGGUCUUUAAACAAUUCCUUGUGGUACUCCAUUUAUAUGCCAAAAUGGUACAUGCAUAGUUUAAAAGACUUAAUUUAUUUUCCAUCAUCGAUCGUGUCUAGACUUCCAGACUUACACGCCCAUUGGAUGCGCUGUUUUAAGCGGCAGCAGCAGCAGUCACCAGCAGGGGCUUUGAUCUUUAGGUGCGCCGACUGGCUGAAUUUAUGACUUUCUGCAUGCACCAUAUUCCCAACGUACCUGUUUACUCCUUGCACCGCAUGUCGAAAUGUGCUUGAACACGAAUGUACAGAAGGGUUAGUUAUGCAGGCCUAUUGCUGAAUUCUCGAAACCUUCUUCAGAAAUUAGUUUGACAAACGUCAAUGUCGAUAUUCUUUUUUAUGUUUCUUGUUAUUUUGAAUAUUAACAAGAAUAUUAUUUUCCCAUACCCGAAAGCCUCAUUUGUUAUAUUCUUUUUUUAGAAUAAAACAUCACUUUGAUUUUCAGUCUUAUUUCAUUUUGAAGAGUAUUUAAACCACGAAUCGCGUAUAAAUAAAAGUAACAGCCUUAAAGUCAGAAAAAUGAGAUUCAUUUCUGCGAAGGGGUAGCACAGUGUGAGACUGUACGUACCAAGAGGUAAGAGGUGUAUUACAGGUAAAUCAUUUGUAUUAGCUUUAAGGAAAUUACUGUAAAUGAUUUUUAAAGGAAAAUAUGAUCUUUGUGAGUAAUGAGAUCGAAUGAAAAGAUCUGUGUUGAAAUAAGACAGAAAUAAAGUAAAGGGAAACUUACAAGCGGCACUUCUUGACAGUUUCUGUCCAACCCA